CCACCGAACGUUGUCCAGAAGUUAAUAUUUUCCAAUUCCGUACUCACACACACACAUACAUUGGUGCUGUUGUUGUUGGACGAAUUACACUAGUUCGUAACAACACUGCUGCCCGUUUCCCGUUGUAGAGAACGUCGUGUGACAAUUGAUACUUGAUUCGAAGUCGAUUCAGUUGUCUGCUGCCGGUGCAUCGUCCGUAGAGCGUCCACUCCUGACAACAUCUCUGCGGAUUCCGUGCUGCUGUUCCGUCGUUUAGAUUUACAUCUACUUCGAACAUUAAUAUUUAAUCUGGAAAAAUGGUUUUGUUAAAAACUAGUUUGUUGUUCUCGUUCUUGGCCAUUUCUUGCUUGGCCGUCGACAACCAGACCAACAUCACUACAAAAGUUGACGUAAUUCCGAUUUCAGAAACUAAAAUUGCACCAGUUGAAGAUUCAAUAAAAAAUGGAACCACUCCUGUACCUCCAACCACCGUCAACCCUAAUGUUACAUCUACUACCUUAUCUCCAAGCCCAAAUACUACAACUUCUACAACUACUACAACUCCUACAACUAUAAAACCAAGUACUUCUACCAUACCUCCUAGCCCAAAUACAACCACUUUAAAACCAACUACUUCUACUCUUAAACCAUCAUCUACUACUACUAGUCCAAAUGUAACAACUGUUGGUCCUACACCUCCAGAGCCCACUCCAAUUCCAGCUAGAAGUUGGGAUGGACCAAGUUUCUUUGGUGGCAUGGUUCUUGCUUUUGGUAUUGUGGCAGUUGGAUUUGUUGGAUAUAGAUUCUUUUACUUAGGACGCGGUAGUGCCUACCAUACUUUGUGAACAUUGCUGAUUUGAUCAAAUUAUGAAAAACAUAUUUUUUUUUUUUACAUAUAGGCCUAUUAUUUAAUUUAAUUCAAAACCUUUAAAAUUGUAAAAAUAUUUUAUUGAUUAAUUAUUUAAAAGUUAGAGCACCCUUUCUCAAAAUUCAGUGCUCAUUAUUUAUUUUCUAGUGGCAUAUUAAGUGCUUAAAAAAAAAAAAAAUAACCAAAAAAAUUGAAGAGUUAUUCAAAUUCAUUGUAGUUGUUAUUAUCGUUUAUUCAUUUCAAAUUUAUUUUUAAUAAUAAUGAAUAGUCAACAUUUAAAUUGACAAACUAUUAUUCUUAAUCAAUUUAUUUUGGUGAUAACUAAUGUAAAAUUAUUUUUUAAGUAUUUUUUUAUAUAA